CACACUGGAGAGAAAGCCUAUGGAUGUGAUCAGUGUGUUAAAGCCUUUGGAUAUCAUUGUCAUCUUCAAAUACAUAAAAGAACACACACUGGAGAGAAAGCCUAUGAAUGUAAUCAGUGUGGUAAAGCCUUUGCAUAUUCUGGUCGUCUUCAAAUAAAUAAAAGAAUACAUACUGGAGAAAAGCCCUAUGAAUGUAAUCAUGAUGGUAAAGCAUUUGCACAACACAGUAAUCUCCAAGUGCAUAAAAGAACACAUACUGGAGAGAAACCCUGUGAAUGUAAUCCGUGUGGUAAAGCCUUUGCAUAUCACAGUUAUCUCCAAGUACAUAAAAGAAUGCAUACUGGAGAGAAACCCUAUGGGUGUGAUCAAUGUGGUAAAGCCUUUGGAUAUCAUGGUCAUUUUCAAAUACGUCAAAGAACACAUACAGGAGAGAAAUCCUGUGGAUGUAGUCAGUGUGGUAAAGCAUUUGCAUGUCAGAACGAUCUUAAAAGACAUGAAAGAAUUCAUACUGGAGAGAAACCCUACAAAUGUAAUGAAUGUGGUAAAGCCUUUGCGUGUAACACUAGUCUCCGAAUACACAAAGCAACCCAUACUGGAGUGAAACCUUACGAAUAUAAGCAAUGUUGUAAAUCCUUCGGCUCUCACGGUCAACUUCAAAAACAUGAAAGAAUUCAUACUGGAGUGAAACCUUACAAAUGUGGUCAAUGUGGUAAAGCCUUUUCACAAUCAAGCCACCUCUAACUACACAAAAGAACACAUACUAAAGAGUAGCCCUGUGAAUGUAACCAAUGUGGUAAUAAAGCCUUUACUGUGAUCAUCAAAGGUGUGGUGGUUUAAAUAUACUUGGCCCAUAGCAAGUAUGGCCUUUCUGGAAUAGAUGUGGCCUUUGAGGAAGUAUGUCACUGGGGGGGGGGCGCUUUGAGAUCCUAUGCUUAAGCUCUACCCAGGGCAGAAGAGUCUUCUAGCUGCCUUCUGAUCAAGAUGGAGAACUCUCCUCCAGCACCAUGUCUGCUUGGACACUGUCAUUCUUCCCACCUUGAUAAUAGACUGAACCUCUGAAUCUGUAUACCAUCCUCAAUUAAAUGUCCUUUCUAAGA